AUCAAAACCAAGUUUUUGCUCUUGAAACUUUGACCACAAUGAUACUGAGAGCUGCUACCAUGUAUUUUGUGGAUUUGUAUACAACCUAACCUUAACAUGGAUGAAAGACAUUGGUGGAUUGCCACCAAAAUUCAAGAGUCUUUCCACAUCGGAGGAUUCAACGACAACCCGACUCUGCUGGAAGAUUUUUUGUGCGAGCCGCGGACCCUCGAACUCAUCAAUCAAUUCCUGGGACAGGGAGGGCUGAAUAAACUCUUCUUCUAUUCGGAUCGUCCUCAAACUUCAGCUCUUCAACCCAGCGGUUUGCAAAGCACCAGGCAAUUGCAUGUUGUUGAUUCACUUGCAAAUCUGAAUGAUGUCAACAUCGAGGAAACAACUUGUCUGUAUUUUCUUCGGCACUCUGUCGAGAAAGAAGUGGAUCCGGUUCGCAUGGAAAAGGAUAUUUUCUGUGGGGAGCUGAGGCACAGUGUUUUGGACAACCUGAACACAUUGCUCUCUGAUAUCUUUCUUCCCCUUCUGAAGGCUCAGAAAGACUGGGGAUUAUGCAGCGAAGAAAAUAAGAAUCAAUGCCUGAAUAAUCUAGAACGUUAUGCUGCUGCUCUCAGUGAGACUGUCAAUGUUCCCUCGUCUGCGAGGCAGCAGGUUUUGAGAAGACCCGAUAAUAUUGUCAGCCAGGAGUUCAGCAAGCAUCGGACAACAUCAUAUGAUCAAGGAAUCGUGAGCGAGUAUGAAGCCCUCGUUACGGAGUGGAUCUCGACCAUCGACAAUGCCUUGGCUGAUGGAGGAGAUGAAAGGUUUAUGGACCCGACCUCCGGACCACUCAACGAGCUGGAGCGUUGGAGGCGUCGUCAGCGUAUGCUGUCUAGCAUCAUAGAACAGCUGAAGGGCAAGGAAUGUAAGACUGUCAUUGGUGUCCUGAUCACAUCCAAGUCAAAGAUCAUCAAGAAGUGGAAGGCCAUCGAUGCCAGCAUCACAGACGCAGCCAAUGAGACGAAAGACAAGGUGAAGUACCUCGAAGCCUUGCGGAGACACUUUGAGCUGCUCUACCACGGUGCUACACCGAUCUCAAUCGUUAAUGGAGCGUUACCAGGUCUGAUGAGCAGUGUCAAGCAGAUGGACUCAAUCUCAAGGUUCUAUGCCAGGAAAGGCUACUUAGGACUGCUCUUCACAAAGAUCACCAACCAGUUGGUGAAUUCCUGCAAGGAGUUUAUCCUCUCAGAGACCCAGGGACCAGGGCAGGAUGACCUUCUCUGGCCCAAGUUCUACAGUGAGAUCGAGACCAGGAUCUUGAGUACGGACCCCCAGGGCAAGAGCCGGGCCGUCAAGAAGCGAGGCAAGGAGGUGAUGCCUGAAGAUGACACGCUCCUGGGAAGAAUGAAAGCCUGUAUCACUCUCUAUAACACCUACAAGGACAUGGUUCGUACCCUGAGGGACGGACUGGGAGGGGCUCACAACCUGACCCACUUCCCUUCCAUCAGUUCUCUUGGUGCCCCGUCCUCUCGGCCGCAGAGGGGUGUUCUCUCUAGGGCAGGGCUCAGCCACGGGAAGUCGUCCAAGACUCCUUCUGUUGCAGGUGACUCAGAACAGGGUCAUGGAGUGGCCUUCAACGAUGAGGAAUCCAUCUUUGGUCACCUGGACUCCUUCUGUUCCCGCAUCCGUCAAGUCAUCGAUGCUGUCUACACCUUAGUCCAGUAUGGCAAGCUGGCCAGGAAUGCAGAAGGUCUUCCUAGACCUCGCAAGGAAGACCUUCUGGUCGAUGACGAUGCCUCCGAUGAACUCAUGGAGCUGUCUGGACCAGGUGGUAGUGUGGCCAGUGACUCCCUUGAUAUUCCCAAAUCUGUAAGUCCGACCAAGACCGCCACCAUGACACACCAAGGAGUGCUGGAAGGCAUCGUAGAGGAGGAAGAAGGGGUUAGCACCAGGGCCGACAGUCCUCCUGACGAUCCCACGAUGAGUGAGGCAAUGUCCAACGCGGAUGAGAUCAAUGAGAUGAACAACAACGGAACUGGACUGACGGCUCAGAAUGCCGCCUUGCUGCGUAAGCUGUACAAGGUGGAUGAUGCGGACGAUGACGGUCCGAGCGUCAGGUCCAUCGUCAUCGACCACACGCAAACCAUGAAGAAGCUGCUCGAAGGCAACAUCACUACAGCCAUCAUGCUUGACGUUGAAGGUCGGGAGAAGGAUAAAUUCAAUGAAGCUUACGAGGAGUUUCUGACCACCGUCCAGCAGAUAGAGCUGUAUCUCAGUGCCUACCUUCAGGCAGUGUUUGUCAGGAAGAUGAAGACGCAUGAGGGUCUUGAUGUACUUACAAGGUUUAUUCCUGUAAUGCAUCGCUAUGGAAUGAAACGUACAGUCUCUGAGAAGUACAUUGAUAUCUUCAAGUGGUAUGAAACAGAUCUAGAAGAAGUCAAAGAACUCUACGAGAAAAACAAGGAGGACCCACCAAUGGUGCGCAAUGCUCCUCCCGUCUCCGGUGCCGUCCACUGGUCCAGGCAGCUCCUGGAGCGCAUCGAGGAACCAAUGAAGGUAUUCCGGGAGAACCGAGCCGUGGUUCACCUGCGGGACUUCGCCCGUAUCGUCAAGUUCUACAACAGGGUUGCCACAGCGUUGGUGACCUUCGAGAGCCUUUGGCUCCAGCAGUGGAAGGGGUGUAUUGAGCAAGCUAAGUUGGGUUUGAGGGCCACGCUGCUCGUCGUACAUCCAAACACCGGAGAGGUGGUGGUCAAUGCUGACGAUAGAGUUUUACAGUUGGUUCAAGAAUGCCGUUGGAUGAAAAGACUUGAUAUUGAGAUUCCAGAAUCCGCCUUGGCUGUAGCCAAACAGGAGCAACGGUUCAAGAGCUACAUGAACCACCUUGAACUGUGUCUCAAGGAGUUCAAAGACAUCUGCUUCAAGAUCCGAGAACCGGUCCAUGGCUUGUUCCAGACCCACACUAGGGCUGUCCUGGUGGCCCUACAACCUGGUCUAUCAUCACUUGCCUGGAACUCGAUGAACAUAGAUGCCUUCUUACAUCAAGUACAUACAGCCAAUGCUAAGCUGAGGAGUACCGUGGAUCAAGUCAAUCAUGUGAUUGAUACAAAGAUUGAUUCCAAACUCAAGAAGAUAUCAGAACUGUUCUUGUUUGACGUGGAGAAGUCUUUUGAACGAUCAUGGCCUCCUGAUAUGUUCACCGAAGCAAUGCUUGACAGUAUCGGAGACCAGAGUGAAACUCUCUUUGCCUACGUGAAUGAUAUCAAGACAGCUUGUCAUCAACUACUCAACAUUCUACUUGGACAGGGCAAACAGCCAUCCAUUGCCGGUACCAAGAGCCUGUCAGCUAGCUCUAAGCAGCGUCUUUCAGCCAAGCAUCUUCAGGUCUUCCCGUCUCCCAGAUCAGAAGAAGGACUCACUGACGUCACGGCUGAUGAUGUCAUGGUGGCUGAUCUACUCUACUUCUACUCAGACCUGGUGUACCAGUCUAUCCUGUCGGCCAUCUGCCGUUCCCUCAUCACCCUGGCGGAAGCAGCAGGCUGCGACAGUGUCCUUGAAACCAUCGCCGAAGACCUGGAGACUCACAAGACCUCACCAGCAACCACCCCAUACACCAUGUCUCCAGAAUCCUCGCCGUACUACGGCAGGUCCAGGGCCAGUACCGGCAGGACCAGGACCAGCAGACCAGACUCCUCCAUGUCGUACCUCUCAGACAUGACCUGGACUCUGAAUAAGGACAGGGAGUACACCCAUCUAAGGUUUGAGGUGGCAGUCAAGUUUGCGAUCCCCAAGAUCAUCAUAGAGCCGACCCUUGAUGCGGUGAAGACAUCCUUGGGUCAGAUAGCGCAAGUCAUCCUCAAUGUUGCGGACAAAGUAACCUGGUGGGCCGGGGAAGGUGUCGGCGAGACCAUGCUAGCAGACAUCACUGAUGAACUCAUGGUCCAGAGCUCACUUAGGCAGCUGGAUGGUGUUGUCGAAGAUCUCCAGAGGGAUAUUGACAAGCACCUAUUCCACUUCCGUUUCUACGACUUCCUCUGGAAAGACGACAUGUACGGCACGUACUACGACUUCAUCGCCAACGACCCUGGAACCUUUGCGAUCAAACGAGAGGUGGAACGCCUCCUCCACAUUGAGGACAAGAUCCAGGGUAUCCCAAAGAUUCUUCCUAUCGGUCCAAUCUCCUUGGAGACCCGACCCAUUACCGAUGCCCUCUACGGCUUCGCUAUGCAGUGGAAGGCUCAGUAUGCUCAGGUUCUGCAUGAGGAAGGGAAGCGUCAACUGGACAAUGCAAUCAAUUAUCGGUCAAGCAUCAAGACCAGGCUACUGGCCGACGUUGUGACCCUUGACCAGUUGAACGGCACCCUCAACCUUCUCGAAGAGGUCAGGGACAUGGAGAAUAAGAUUGACGCUAUCUACCUACCCAUUGAGACCAUGUAUGCUGAUCUCAUAAGCUACCGCCUUCGUCUCCCUCGCUCUGAGGUGGAGGAGGUGGAGAAGCUUAGAGACAACUGGCAGGAGGUGGUGGAUCUGGCGGAGAAAUGCCGCAUCAAGCUCCUCAAGGAGCGGCGUGGAGCCUUUGAGCAGGAGCUCGACAAACAAGUCAAGCUGUUUGUGGUUGAGGUGAUUCAGUUCAGGAAUAGCUUUGACUCCCAAGGUCCAGCAGUCCCCGGCGUCCAACCUGCUGAAGCUGUCGCAAGGCUUCAUGAGUUCCAGGAGAUCUUUAAGCUCUAUGACUCCAAGAGAAGGACCUUAGACUCGGUGUCCAGGCUCUUUGGUAUCAUCUGUAAGCCGUUCCCUGAACUAGACAAGACUGGGGAGGAACUGGAUCUCCUUGGCCUACUCUAUGGCCUCUUCCAGAAGUUCAUUGCUUUUGAUAAUCAAUUUAGAGAUAGACUCUGGGCUGAUGCUGAUUUACCCAAGGCGAACAAGGAGGUUGAACAGUACUGGGACGAGUGCCAGAGUCUGCCUGAUAAGAUCAAGGAUUGGGAUGCAUAUAAUAACAUGAAGAAUAGCAUCAAGUUCUAUCUCGAUGUCUUUCCAAUCUUGCACAAGCUUGCAUCAAAGGAAAUCCGCAAUCGUCACUGGCUGCAAGUGAUGGGAGUGACAGGGAGCUCUUUCCAGCUUGAGGCCAAUGUCUUCAAACUCUGUCAUAUUCUUGAUAUCGGCCUUAUACCGCACCAGACAGAGAUCGAGGAGAUCUGCCACUGCGCAAGCAAGGAGCUGGAACUGGAGGUCAAGCUCCGGAUCACCGAGGAGGAGUGGACAGAGCAGGUCCUGACCUUCACCGAAUACAAGAGACGUGGCCCCAUCUUCCUGGAGAAGGACUCCAUGGAGCACCUCCUGGAGCAGCUGGAGAACGCCCAGGCCAUCCUGGCAAACAUGCUGACGUCAAGGUUUGUGGGACCACUGAGGGAGGAGGCUGCAGGAUGGGCAGAAAAACUGAGAGGUGUUGGAGAGGUACUUGAACAAUGGCUCGAGGUCCAGGAUCUAUGGCAGUACCUUGAAGCCGUCUUCAGCAUACCUAGGACGGCCAAGGAACUACCUCAGGAGGCUAAACGUUUCAACAGGAUCGACAAGAGUUGGAGUAAGAUCCAGAGACGAGCCUACGACACCAGGAAUGUUCUACAGUGUACAUACGGCGGUGAGGUUCCAAAGGGAGUUGUCUUGCGUCAUAUCCAUGAAGAGCUUGAGAUCUGUUUCAAGUCUCUGACGGGAUACCUGGACAAGAAGAGACAGGUUUUUCCAAGGUUUUAUUUCCUGUCCGACCCGGUUCUCCUGGCCGUCCUCAGUCGACCUUUUGACCUUGAGUCCGUCAAACCUCACAUCAGAUGUAUCUUCAACUAUGUGUACGACAUCCGUCUGGAACGUAUCCAGCUGACCACUGCCCAGGCACAACGCAGCGUAGCCCCAUCCCCGGAGAAAGGCAUCUUGCACAGCCCUACCAAAGAGCUACAUGCCUCCCCCACGCGAAGUGGAUCAGGCCUGGGGCUGACCGGCAUCCAAUCACGGCUCUCUGUUGACAGCAGAAUGGGAGCUGCCACUGGGAUGGAGGGGGGUGUUCAGGAUGGCACAGAGGGAGGGUUGAUGCAGGCCAUAGCCGUCACGUCUAAGGAAGGAGAGUUGCUCAGUCUUGAUCAGGAGGUUCCUAUCAAAGAUGGUGUUGAGGUUUGGCUGAAGGGAUUGAAGGAGUCCAUCACUAAGACCAUGUCCAGUACGGUCUCCAACAUGAUCAAGGACAUGGAGAACAGCCUGGCAGUGGAAGAACUUGCUUACAAGUACCCAACCCAAGUAGCAAGCCUUGGUCUGAACAUAUACUGGACCAAGGAAUGCGAACUAGGUAUCAUGGAGAUCCGUAACGACCGCAAGGCCAUCCCGAACACGGCUAAGAAGUUUGUGACCACCAUGUCAAGGCUGACACAGGUUCUUACCAAGGGAACGUGGAAGGCCACAGAGGAACAUGUAACUCCGCUUCAUCGAUGGCGUCUAGAAAGUAUGGUAGCUCAAUCCUACUACCUGCGUGACAUCCUUGAUAACAUGGGCAACAGAAAGCUGAGAGAACUCACUGACUUUGAAUGGCGUAGGUGCAUCAGGGUCUAUCCAAAGCAACGAUCAGAUGGCAGCCAUGAGCCUCAGAUGACAAUCUUAGAGGAGCGUCAUCCAUACGGUAAUGAGUUCUUCGGUGGACAAUCAUCCCUUGUCGUCACUCCUAUUACUGAGAGAUGCUUCCUCACUAUGGCUAUGUGCUUGAAUCAGUUCCGAGGCAGUGCAUUGACGGGAGGGACCGGUGUGGGCAAGACCGAGACCGUCAAAGGCCUGGCAUUCUUCUUAGGCCGCUACCUUGCCUUAUUUGGCUGCUCCCCGCACACAGAUCCUGCAGCACUGGGAAAAGUAGUUCAAGGACUUGCUAUGGAUGGAAGCUGGGGUUGCUUUGAUGAGUUCCAGCUCCUUCACAAGGAAGCUGUCGCUAUGGUGUUGGAUCACGUCCACGCUGUCAUAUCAGCUCUACAGGCAAGGAAGAAGAUGGCCAUUCUAGGAGAUGGAGAAGAGGUCACGCUUGGUCGUAAUAUCGCCCUCUUCAUCACCGUCAACAGCGAGACCGGUCUCCAUGGCGACAUACCAACAGACAUCAAACUCCUCUUCCGCACCGUCUCCCUGGUUGUACCCGACAUGUCUUUGAUCCUCAAGGCACGUUGCGCAGCCUACGGCUUCCGCUCUCCCAAGGUCCUAGCGGACCGUUUGAAGAUGGUCGUCCAACAAUGCAAAGACCAGCUGAACCCCGGCGACACGGAGCUCUUUAACCUCAAAUCCAUGGUAACCGUUCUCUUGCAUGCCGUCUCUUCAUGGCGAGAUGUAGAAGGAUCUAAGGAGUAUCAUCAGCUGUUCAGCAUCGGCUCCAUUGCAGCUACCGUCAUGUUUGCCAACAUGGGACGUAAGCUGACCAAAGAAGAGAGAAUGGAGCUCUCUAGGGCCAGUAGUCAAGGAUCGCUCGUACAGCCCGGAAGCUCUAUGCCAUCAGCAGCCAUGCUAAAGACUGUUGAGAAACAACCGAGAAAGACAGGAGCCACCAACCCUAUGACCCCUGCAGCCAAGGCUGAACAUGCAGUGGUUGCACAGGCUCUACAGGACAUAGUGGGACCAAGGCUCAAACCAGAUGCACUGUACCUCUUCAACAAUGUGAUCAAGGAUGUGUUCUCCAGUGUGGGCGAUCCACCCACCCCUCACUCCAGCCGAGCCAGACGCAACAAGAUGAGUGUGGAAAACAUGGUGAUCGACAAGGCCCAGGAGAAUGGUCUUGUUGCUUCCUCCACCUGGGUGGCCAAGGUCAUGCAGCUCUAUGCAAUAUCACAGGUUAAUCAUGGUGUCAUCAUAGCCGGCGGCCCUGGUACCGGGAAGUCCACCUGCAUUCAGAUCCUGGUCGAAGCUCUCUCUGCCGUGAACCCCGCCCAGUCUCGCCAAUCCCGUAGCAGCGUGUCCAGCAUCACUUCAAUCAGCCACAAGCUGCAGCGGAUCAGUCCGCUGGUGGUGGAUGAUCUCUCGCUCAUGUUCGGCUACCUCAACCAGAACCAUGACUGGACGGAUGGCGUCUUCACCAAUGUCUGGAAGAAGGCUAAUAGGAAUGUGAGCACCACCUGGUUGUGUCUGGACGGUCCCUUGACCCCUAGCUGGACGGAUAACUUCAACACGGUCCUGGACAGUGACCGGGUGUUGAACCUGAGGAACGGUGACCGCCUCUUCCUGGCAGACAAUGUGAAGCUUCUCUUUGAAACCGACAGCUUGUCCAACGCAUCACCGGCUUCUGUUGCCAGAGCUGGUAUUGUUUACUUGGAUCGUGAGGUGUUAGGCUGGAGGCCGGUUGCACAAGCAUGGUUAGAGAAUCGCAAUCAACAGGAGAUCCAUUGUCUUCAAAAAGCAUUUAACAAGACCAUGGAUGCAGUGGUCAACUAUGUCCUCUUUGAAACCAAACCCCUUGCCACUCUGACAGAAGUAGGAACCUUCAAGACUUGUCUUGGUCUCCUAGAAUCUAUGCUCAAUGAACACAUUGAGAUAGGUGGUGAGCUUCAUAUUGAGCGACUAUUCUUAUUCUGUCUGAUCUGGACGUUUGGCGGUCUUCUGGAAGGCUCCGAUAGGAAGGGAUUCAGUGAUCUACUGCGUACUCUCACAUCAGCCUUGCCUGACUAUGACCAUGAUAUCUCAGUCUUUGAUUACUAUGUUGAUGAGUCGGGUGAAUGGGACCCCUGGAUCUCUAAGGUUCCUGACGUAGCGUACACAGACACCAGGGAUCUCCUAGGUGAUGUGCUUGUGGACACUGUCGAUACUAUCCGUACGCGAGUUCUUCUAGAGUUUGCCAAUCUUACCAACAUGCACGUGAUGCUACUGGGACCACCAGGAUGUGGCAAGACAGCUAUGAUCAACGACUUCAUCAAUACUCUAGAUUCAAGCAACCAGAUAACAAAGAGGCUGGUAUUUUCCGGGGCAUCCACAGCUUCUCAGCUACAGCAGUUCAUUGAGGCCAACAUACACCAUAGACAAGGGUUCGUUUAUGGUGCCCGGGACAACAAGCGAUUCCAGCUGUUCAUAGACGACAUCAACCUCCCACCCUGUGAUGAGCACGGUGUGCAGCGCUGCAACGAGCUCAUGCGCCAACUCCUGGAUGAGCGACUUCUGAUCACGCUGCAGAAGCCGUUUGAGUGGAGGACGAUUGAAGAUCUGGUGGUUCUCUCUGCCUGCACCAUGAACAACUAUCCCAGUUCUAGCAGCAGGAAGAUACCGGAUAGAUUACUGCGCCACUUUGUUCUCAUCCACCUGCCCGAGCCUAAGGAAGGAGCAUUGAGCAGCAUCGUUGAUGCUGUCCUGGAUGGCAACAUGACCAAGCACAACGGUCAGUCUCUAGCCCAGGAGCUCCAGGACGCUAUCGUCAAUGCCUCCUGUAAGCUCCUGACCUCCGUCCAGAAUGUCCUGCGUCCUACACCGAUGCCUGGGCGAUACCAUUACAUGUUCACCCUCAGGGACAUCUCCAAGACAUUCCAGUGUUUGAUGAGACUGUCAGAAGAAGCCAGAGGAGAAAUCAAUAUGGUGGCAUCGCUAUGGCGACACGAGGUUCAGAGGAUAAUGCGUGAUCGCCUGUGCCGAACAUCAGACAUUAAUUGGUUUGAUAAAAACCUGGAGGAAAUCUGCAAAGCGGAGAUCCCGAAGGGUGAGGAGGAUGAGGGCAUCUUUGAACACUUUGUGACGUUUCCUAUCGAACAUAGAGGAUAUCAGAGACCAGUCACUUCCAUGUCACAGAAAACAGUCAGGGUUAUUCUCCAGCCGGUGUGCAACCUGGAGAUGGUUCACAAGUGCAUCCUGUCCCACCUGACCCGGUACAACGAAGAAUUCGGCAAUGUCACCCUCAACAUCAUGCUCUCCGAUGAUGUCAUCUACCACGUGAUCCGUAUGCACCGUGUUCUCAGCUUCCACCAUGGCGGUAGCAUGAUGUUGGUCGGUGCCAUCGGUAGUCAUCUCACCACGUUGGUGAACCUAGCCCUUCAUGUUGCAGACAUGCCCAUACAUCCCAUGGAUACCACCAAGGCGAAUACAUUCUUUGACGGACUACGCUCGGCGGUCAGGCUCUCCGGUACGGAGGGCAAGAUGCUUACGCUCAUGUUCACGGGUCGUGAUCUGAAGGAAGAUGUAUAUCUGGAUGCAAUUAACAGUAUCUUGAUAUGUGGGGAAUACCCUCCCCUCUUCUCUAAUGAUGAGCUGGAUGGACUCUUACAGGCAUUGACACCGGCAAUGAAGAGGCAUUUCCCCAAUGUGUUGGUUGACCCCAUGAAGUUCUUUGUGUCAAGGGUCAAGACUAAUUUGCAUAUCAUCCUCUGCCUUCCACCAACACACAGACUACUCAAGAUAGCUCCGAGUCAAUACCCUGGGUUAUUGAGCGGUAUGCAGAUGAAUUGGGUCUGCGACUGGUCUCAGAGUGCACUGUUAGGAGAAGCAGGUUACUACAUUCAGAAACAUCAUCUUGCCAAGGAUAGUUCUGUAGAAACAAGAGAGAAUCUAGUGACCUGUAUGUCGACCAUACACAGCUUUGUCCUGCGCGACUGCAAUCAGAUCCCAUGGGCUGGGAGCGUGGACGAGAAGAUUAAACUAACCACCCUCAAACUCCACGGCAAGAAGGAGAUCGUCAAGGUCCACACCCACAAGGUCGACAAUCUACCGUACACUAAACUCAUCAUGAAAGAGAGGAUUAAGCAAAAACACUAUCAUGCUGAUAGCCCAGGCAAACAGGAACUGUUUGUAGGUCCGAGGACGUUCCGACGGUUCAUGGAUUGCUUCAGAUAUAUCUACAAUAACAAGAGCAAAGAGAAUACUGCCAAAGUAGGCAGACUCAAGAAAGCCCUGAACUGCUUGGCCCGAACCUACAGCGACUGCAAGAACAAGCGGCUGGACAUCCGUCGCCUGCACACCCUCUACGAGGAGGCGAGUAAGAAGACGGCUGAUCUCCUCCAGGAGCUGACCGCCAAGGCCACCAUCCUGGAGAAGACGAAAGCCCAGUACACGGAGGCCAGUAACAGCCUCAGUGCAUUCCUCCACAUGAAUGAGGUCGAGAGCGAUGAGGAGGUAGAAGAUCAGCUCCUGAUCGAUGAUGAACGGGACGAGUACGAUCGAGAAUUUGAUCGUAUGAGGGAGGAGAAUCUCAAAUCCAGGAAGGUUGCUAUCGAGGAGGAUCUGGCUACAGUCAGGAAGAAAGUAGACGAGUGUCGAGCUACUCUUCAGAAAAUACAUGAUCAGGUGAUGCAGUGGAAGGAGAAGGUCGACCGUCCUUGCAUCGAGCGUCUCAAGUCGUUCACCAACCCUCCUCCCAUCGUCCUACAAGUCAUGGAGAUGGUUAUGGCUCUCCUUGGCAAGAACAAACCUCUAGGAAAUCAAGGAGAAAGAACCUUACACCUACCCUCCAAUGAAGAAUCAUCCAUGAUCUCUGGAAGACAAUCGACGUCAUCCAGCGGUGGCAUGAAGAGCCCUUCCAAAUGGAAGUCAAGAGAUACUGGGUCCAAAUCGAAGGGGAAAGACCAAGCUUCGGACAAGCAGAGAUGGAAGCAGAUCACAGUGCUCCUGCAGGAUUCUGUCAAGUUUGUUGACAUGCUUCAUGGUGUACCUUGGCAGAACGGUCUCAAGCACAACAUCCUGGCCAACGUAGAGUAUUACCUUCCCAGUAAGAGCAAGGAUGGUGAUGGUGUCACCGGAGAAGGUUCCUUGCUUGACAUCCCAGGUGGGCCAAAACUGCCCCCCUCUUCCCGACGCAGCCCCUCUCCGGGUGACGGUGCCCCCAACAUCACCAUUGCUGCUACCCGCUACAGCUCCGAGGAUGCGGGUAACCUGGUGGCUUAUAUCUGCGCCAUGGUGGAGUACACGCAUCACUGCGGACCGUUGCAGGAUCUUCUGAAACAGGUCAAGGAGCUCGAGGAACAGCAGAGGGAGACAGAGAGGCUGCAGAAGGAGAAAGAUGAAAGGGAUGCGAAGGAGGCUAGCAGAGAGGCGGAGCCUGCCCCAGAGCCUGAGAAGGAGUACACUGAAGCCGAUAUCCCUAUUCUACAGGAGGAGGUCACCGAGCUCCAGAGGCAGUUUGAUGCCUCCGUCGUCGAGAAGCAUUCGCUGGAGAUCGAACUAUCUGCAAGCAAUGAGAGACUCCGGGCGGCAACUAAUAUGAUUGUUAGUUUACAGCAAGAGAAGGAAAGAUGGCAGACGUACGUAGACGAGAACGCCGACAACGAAUGGUUGCUAAGCAACUGCAUGACGGCCGCGGCAUUCCUGACGUACUGCGGCGGCAUGACCUCCGACUCCCGUCAACGCUUUGGAGAUUACAUCAACCAAGUCUGCGUGGAUACGGGAUUCCCGAUCCCCAAACGUCGCGUUCUCAAAGACGUUUCUCUCAUCCAGUUCCUCUACACACCCGUUGAGAUUGAAUCUUUGAAGACGUUGAAGCUACCUAGCACACCCAACUCACAGGACAAUGCAUGCUUUGUAAUGCAAGAACAUAGCUCCACAGCCUGGUCUCUUCUGUGUGAUCCUACAAGUAGGAUCCUGGAUUGGAUCAAAUCUUAUCUCAAUCAACAGCUGGUCAUUAUCAAGUAUCAUGAGCUUAGAGCACAGCUGGAGACUUGUUUGACUGAAGGUACUCCACUACUCUUGAUGGAUUGUGACGUAGACAAACUCGCCGAGGAUCCAAGAUUCUAUAGGUUACUAAGGAGCAGACUGGCUUUUAUCAACGGAAAGGGCAAUUUCAAAAUGAUGGUGGCUGACCACGAGGUAGAGUGCCAUCCAGGAUUCCGUCUCUACCUUCACACCACCUGCCAGCCUCACUGCGUACCCCAUGCCUUGGCUGCCUACACCAGUGUGAUGUACUUCUAUCAAACCAGGGAUGACUGUGAGGAAGAGCUUCUGGAUCGAUUCAUGACCCUAGAGAAGGCGAGACUUGAAGAGGAUAGGAUCACGGCCUUGAAGGAGAGGAUUUCAAACAUGAAGCAACUGGACCAGCUUGAGGAUCAGAUGCUAGAAUGCUUAGCCUCCGACAACAGGCUCCUCAAUGAUCUAACUACUACAAAGAAACUAGGUGACAUGAAGAAGCAUUAUGAUGAAACAGUUGAGAGCCAAGAGCGUGUCCAGAUCUCUGAGAGUGCAAUUCACAAUGCAAGGGAGGGCUACCGGUCUAUCGCCCGUAGAGGAGCCGUCUGCUUUGACGUCUCUCGAGGGAUGUCGGAGGUCAACUUCAUCUAUCAGACGUCGUGGCAACAGUUCCUGGAGACAUUCGACAUCUCCAUCAAACAUUCCGAAAGAUCGGCUGCCGUCAAGGCUGUUGUUGAGAGAUUGACGUUCAAUGCUUUCCAGGCAACAGCUCGCUCGCUGCUAGAGAGAGAUAGACAUAUCUACUCUGUCUUCCUGGCUAUGGAGGUGGAAGAUUCGAUUGGCAAUGUUGGGUUCGGUGAGCGCGAAUACGUGAUCUCGCCUCAGCUUGGCUCUGCGACGAUGAGCGGACUUGGUCUAUCGGCCGCUUCUGAUCAUAGGGUGUGUCAGAUUAGGAAACCUUUCGAUUGGAUGCUUGAUGAUCAGUUUCAUAAUCUACAGUCCCUUGCCAUCAAUUUUGAGUGGUUUCAAGACAUGUUUGAGAGGAUGCCCAAGGAUGGCAGAGAAACCCAGUGGCGUACGUUGGGAGAGCACGAGAACCCGGAACUCCAUCCUCUACCCGAGAAGAUGGAUGAUCAUUAUAAUCCCAUGCAAAGGCUCAUGGUUAUCAGAGCAUUCCGUCCUGACAGGAUCAUGCAAGCGGCUACUGUGUUCGUCGGCAAAUCACUUGGAAAGAAGUAUACCAAUGAUGUCAGCAUCGAUCCCAACGUGAUCUUGAGGCAGACCUCACCCGUCAUUCCCAUUCUGCUUCUCUACACCCGGGAGGGUGAUGUGGCUGAGAAGAUCUUCCAGGAGUUCUCAGCCAAGAAACAGGUUCAGGGCUUGGUUGUCAAUCUCAGCAGUGCUGAACAUAACGAGGAAAGGAGAGCCAGGAAAGCAAUACAACAUGCAAUGCAAGAAGGUACCUGGGUCAUGCUAAAGAGUGCCCAUAAUGCCACGCAUCUCCUGAAUUCGCUAGAGACUUUACUACAAGAGAAUGAUAACAAGCAGGGCGGUGAAAGCCCCUUCAGGGUUUGGAUCUCGGCACAGGUCAGUAGGAGUAUACCGGUCAGACUGCUCCAGUAUGCUGUCAAGGUUGUCAUUGAUACUCCCAAGAUCGUCAAGGAGUCUCUCUUGCGAGCAGUCAGCUCCUUUGAACCGGAACAACUCAAGGCCAGUUCCCGGUCGGAGUGGGUCCCCCUACUUCAUAACAUUGCAAUGGUUCAUGCUAUGAUCAGACUUCGAGGGCGCUAUGGCCUCGCUGGAUGGAAUUAUCCUGACGUCAUGGAUUUCUCUCAUAACGAACUUACUGAAGCAUUGAACAUUGCUAGGAUGGUGUUCAGCGACAGCCCAUCGGAGAAUGAAUCUCUGAAAGGUAUCUCCUGGAUGGGCCUGAGAUACAUCUUAACUGAGAUCAUCUAUGGCAGUUACAUCAACGAUGACUACGACAGGACAAACCUUUCCGCCAUGGUGGACUACUGGAUUGGACCAAAUGCUACCAAGAGGGAGUUUGAAGCCACAAAGUUGAAAUUCCGCAUCCCGCCGGCUUUCUUCAGCAAUUUCGUACGAGUGAGUUCCUUGAGUCAGGCCAUAGAGGGCUUGCCGAACCAUUUCCUUGACGUCCCUGAAGCCUGUGGUAUGCACACAUCAUACGAGACCGGUGCUGAUGAUCAGUUGUUUGUUACUAUUGAUAAAAUACAUGAGACUGUCCUAGGAGAUGAUCAGUAUGUGUUCACACGGCUGAAUCAAGUCUUAGAUGCGAUGCCAUCAACUCGGACAUUGAGUCAUGUCCUUCAGCCGAGACCGGCGACACCUUUCCAUGGUCCUUCUGUUGCCUCAGUGAAUGGUACCGCCCUACAACCCAAUGUUGCCAGCAUGGGGGUGUACGCCAGCGCUAGCCGUUCACUCAUCAAGAGCAAGCGAGAGACGGAGAUAUGGGAGAUCUGUCAUAACAUCAUCAGUAAAAUACCCAAAGGAUGGAACAGGGAUUACAUUACAGAGCGUGUUCGUAAGAUCGGAGGUGAUACGCCAUUUAACCGCUUUGUCCUGCGAGAGAUUGACAUGAUGAUCAGACUCAUAGCUGAUCUCAAGGCUACAUUCAACAAACUGAAAGUUUUGUGUGAGAGUCCGAAUGAAACGUUUGGUGAUCAGAUGUCCGAGCGGUUGAUUGAUAUUGCGGUUGAUUUGUUCCAUCAUCGUAUUCCGUCUGUCUGGGCCGAGAUGUGUGGUGACUCGGCCCCGCCUCCUAACUGGACCCUAGCUCAGUGGAUGUCUGAUCUCAGCCAGCGAUGUCAACAUCUUGAAAGGAUCAUCGUACAGGGCAAGGACAAGUUCCCAGCGUACUGGCUUGGGGCAUUCUUCCACCCUCGUGCUCUGCUAGCCCUACUCAAACAGGACGCCAUCAGGGCCUAUGGACACAACAUUGCACAGUCAGAACCGGUCGUCUUCCAGACAGAGAUCACAGCCAGGGACAAAGACCAUGUUCGUGACCCACCCCAGGAAGGCAUGUUCGUGUAUGGUGUGUACGUCUGGGGAUGCUCUUGGGAGAAGACCACGGGGGAGCUCCAGGACUCCCCUCCACGUCACGGUGCCACCCUCCUCCCGAUCAUCCACAUCACCACCAUGCCGUACAGCGAGAAGCCAGCUUACAACGAACAGAGGACCAGCGAGAUGUACCUAUGCCCCGUGUAUCCUACCAGGAUCUGUGCGAGGUCACCCGUCUUUCUCCUUGACGUCAAGCAUGAUAACAUCUCGGCGUCCAAGUGGGCGUUGAGAGGGCUGGCGGCAACAAUUAGGCCCUAUUAAGAGGAUGAUCAUACCUAUUCCCCCAGGUGAUAAUAUAAGAUAUCUGAAUCCAAGUGGCCUGUGAAGAGGGCUGGCUGCAAAGUUCUCUAAGACCCUCCUAGGAGGGCGAUCUCCAAAGUGGACUGUCUACAGUUGGAGCCAUCUUGAAGAAGAACAGAAUGCCCAUGUUUGUCUUUUGUCUAUUAAAGGAAAGAUAUGAAUCAUCUGUCCUACUCGCCCACAACAAAGAUUUGGGCGUGUUUAAAUCUUUUCUGUGGGCAAAUCACACUUUGCACGCACUCCUGCGGGCAACUGCGCGCGAGAUACCGGUUCGCUCAAAGUGGGUCUUCUGUGGGUCGCAAAAAUAGUCACCGGCAAGCCACACGCAAGGCUUGUAGGCGAUAAAACUUUCACUCCCAUCGGUCAAUAUGAUUUUUUCUCUGUAGGUCCUGAGAGGUUGAUGGCAACUGUUAGACCCUCUCACGAAGACAAUCACACCUGUCCUCGUCAACAUGAUCACUGAUAAGUUAUUCACGACAUCUAUAGCUUUGUAUCUCAAAAAAUUUAAUGCUCAUGGGAUUAAAACAUUCCAGCUGCAGCAACGUUAAUUAAUAUACAUAUUUUUUUUCUUAAAUGUCUGUUUCAAUUUGCAAGUGAUCAUAGAUUAUCAUGAGAUUAAAAACAAUGCAAUUUCAUUAUUGGACAUGCACUGUUUGCUUAAGUCCAACCUUUCAUUCUUUCUAUGAGUUGGACAAACAUGAAAUUAACUUGUCAAAUGUAUAUUCCCAUCAGUUGGUUCAAGUGUGAAUGAUACUUUAACAAGGAUGGGUCCACGUUGAUCCUUUGUUAACACGACAUGGAUCUCACAAUAAAAUCCUGUUUGUCACUUUGGUAAUAGUCAUAUCCUAAUUAAACCUUGAAUUACCCGCUGGCACUGACUUAACAAAAACACUUCUACACUUCUUUGGAAUGCUGG